AUGCAUUUCUCAUCUCCUCUCAUUCCGUUUCUCUUCGCUGCUGGCAGCGCACAAGCCCAGCUACAAGGACUUCUUCCAGGGCUGCCACUGCCUCUGGACCUUGGCGGCCUUCACUUGCAAGGUGGUGGCUAUGAGCCACCUGUUGUUGAGCAGUUGGGCAACCUGGCUCUGAGCCAAUUUAGCAAAUACACUGCCUACCCAGGACCCUCACCCACCGCAACGCCGAAGCAGCUGAGUCCACAAAUGCUAGCUGCAGCCGCAGCCACAUCGGUAGCAUCGCAAUGCGAUUACUGGAUGGAGAAUAUCAAACACCAGGGCAUCGCCGCAUUCAACUCCAACCCCUCCGGAUACCAAGUCUUCCGCAACGUCAAGGACUUUGGAGCAAAAGGAGAUGGAGUAACAGAUGAUGCGGCUGCGAUCAACAGGGCGAUCUCGAGUGGAGGACGUUGUGGACCUGGAACAUGCGGCUCAAGUACUACCACGCCAGCGGUCGUGUACUUCCCUGCGGGCACAUACAUGGUCAACAGCUCCAUCAUCGACUACUAUUACACACAAAUCAUCGGCAACCCAAGAUGUUUGCCCACUAUCAAGGCGUUUCCCAAGUUCACAGGCGGUCUGGGUGUCAUUGAUGGCAAUCAAUAUGGAGCGAAUGGACUUGGGUUUGGAGCAACAAACGUAUUCUGGCGUCAGAUCAGGAACUUGAUCAUUGACACCACUCUCGUCCCAGCUUCAAGCUCGAUUACUGGUAUCCACUGGCCCACAGCACAGGCAACAAGCAUUCAGAAUGUAAUAUUCCAGAUGAGCAACGCAAGAGGUACUCAGCACCAGGGUAUCUUCAUCGAGGAAGGUAGUGGAGGAUUCAUGAACGACCUGAAGUUCUACGGAGGUCUCUACGGUGGCAAUUGGGGCAACCAGCAGUUCACUAUGCGCAAUUUGACCUUCGAUGGAGUCCAGACGGCCAUCAACCAGAUAUGGGACUGGGGCUGGACUUACAAGAACAUCAACAUCAAUAACUGCUCUGUCGCUUUGAACAUCGCGAACGGCGGCAGCAAUGCACUCACGGUUGGCUCAGUCACGUUCAUCGACUCGACCAUUAGCAACACUCCCGUGGGUAUCAUUACUGGCAGACAGCAGGGCUCCCAACCGUCGACUGCUGGAUCCAUCAUUAUAGAGAAUGUCAAGCUGAACAACGUUCCUGUUGCCACACGCGGCCCCAAUGGUCCAUUGCUCCAAGGCACGAACUACAUCUCGGCUUGGGGUCAGGGCAACUCGUACACUCCCAACGGUCCAAGCGUGAUCAAUGGGCAGAUCGCUGCCAACAACAGGCCUUCGAACCUGCUCCAAGGUGACGGAAAGUUCUACGAGAGGUCGAAGCCACAGUACGAAGAGCUCCCAUUGUCCUCAUUCAUCAGCGCUCGCGCUGCGGGCGCGACCGGUAACGGCAGGACGGACGAUACUCAGGCAUUGCAAGCAGCAAUCACCCAGGCAAAGUCCCAGAACAAGGUUCUGUACUUGGACCACGGUGACUACCUUGUCUCCAGCACAAUCUACAUUCCAGCUGGCUCGAAGAUCGUUGGCGAAACAUACUCUGUCAUCCUAUCAUCCGGCCAGUUCUUCAACAACAUGAAAGACCCGAAGCCGGUGGUCCAAAUAGGGAAGCCUGGAGAAUCUGGCAGCGUCGAGUUGUCCGACUUCAUCGUCAGUACCCAGGGACAGCAAACGGGAGCAAUUCUGUUCCAGGUCAAUAUCGCAUCUCCUUCUGGCAACCCAACAGGGUUGUGGGACGUACACGCUCGCAUUGGUGGCUUCGCUGGAUCGAAGCUCCUUCUUGCGGACUGUCCUACCACGCCGGGCACGGUGAUCACUUCUGCGAACUUGAAGCAGAGCUGCAUCUCUGGAUAUAUUACCUUCCAUAUUACGAAGUAUGCAACGGGCAUCUAUCUCGAGAACACGUGGUUCUGGGUUGCCGACCACGACAUCGAAGAUCCAACCUUGAGGCAAAUCACUGUCUACUCCGGCCGCGGCCUCCUCGACCAAUCCGCCGGCCCAGUAUGGCUGGUUGGCACAAGCGUAGAGCACCACGUCCGCUACGAGUACCAAUUCGCCAACGCCAAGAACGUCUUCCAAGGCCAGAUCCAGACCGAAACUGCCUACUACCAGCCCAACCCCAUCGCCACCAUCCCCUUCCCUCGCAACGACACAAUCUUCGACCCACAAUUCACUCAAGCCACCGUGAGCGACGGCAACACCGUCAUUCCAGCAGCAGACGGAUGGGGCCUGCGGAUCUUGAACUCGCAGAACAUUCUGACGUACGGAGCGGGUCUGUAUUCCUUCUUCAGCAACCAAAGCACAACGUGCUCGGACCAGGGACAGGGUGUCAGGUGUCAGAACAGGAUCAAUAGUAUUGAGGGCUCGUCGAGUGGGAUUUCGAUCUAUAAUCUGAAUACUGUCGGGACGCAUUGGCCGAUUACUAUUAACGGCACUGAUGUGGCGAAGUGGGAUCAGAACCAGGGAGGGUUCAUCCAGACAGUUGCGUUGUUUAGGAAGUAG